GGAAACAGCAGUCAGAUCACAGACCAGACGAUAUGAAUUUUAACACAGCUUUGAGUAUUACCGGAACCAUACUUCUCAACAUAGCAGGUUCCCUCUGCCAGUUAGAUGUAUGUGGCCGGGCCCCCCUCAACACAAAGAUUGUUGGAGGGGAGGAUGCAACGGCAGGGUCUUGGCCGUGGCAAGUCAGCAUUCACGGCCCCUAUGGCCAUUUCUGUGGUGGGAGUCUAAUCAAUAAAGACUGGGUUUUAUCUGCAGCUCACUGCUUCAAGAAUUACGCUAUGUCUGACAUAGUGAUGUACUUCGGGCGUUGGAGACAAUCGGGCUCAAACCCUAAUGAGACAUACAGGACAGCGAGUCGAAUUAUCAACCAUCCUAAGUAUGACACUCCUAAGUUCGACAACGACAUAGCACUGGUCCAGCUCUUCACUCCUUUGAAUUUCUCUGAUUACAUUAAGCCAGUCUGUCUAUCAGCUGCUGGUAGUGUAUUUGCUGGAGGUGCAGAGAGCUGGGUGACUGGAUGGGGAACGCUACAGUCUGAAGGCCCGGCUGCUAAUAUACUGCAGCAGGUGAUGUUGCCAAUUGUGAGCAACAGUCACUGUUAUAAUGCCUAUGGAGAGGUCAUCACAAGCAAUAUGAUUUGUGCUGGAUUUUUAAAAGUGGAAGGGAAAAGUUCAUGUCAGGGAGACUCUGGAGGUCCAUUGGUCCGUAGGAAUGACUCCCGGUGGAUUCAGUCCGGCAUUGUGAGUUUUGGUGCAAAACGAUGUGAUAAUCGCAAAUAUCCCAGUGUGUUCGCCAGAGUUUCUCGGUACCAGGAUUGGAUCAAGUCUUACAUGGGCAGCAACCCACCUGGAUUUGUUGAAUUCAACUCGAGUGGAUUCAGAAGUUCACUCAACUUCCUUUUAUUGUCCAUUUCUCUCACAUUCUCAUUUAUUCCUUUCACCUUCUCCCUAUAUCUUUCUUCCUAAAGAUUGUUUGAACAGUAAUUCUCAAGGUUCUUUGAUGAAGAGGAUUAUUGUGCUGUAUAUGCUCUCAUAAAGAAGUAAAAAGAGCAGUUAUAUUGUUAGUUUUGUCAUUUAUUCUUUAUCUUUCCAAAUAUGUCCUAUUCUUGAUAGAUAUGUAUAACUGAUUUAUGGUCUAAAGCUCUGUAUUGUGAUCAGGGAUACUUGUAAAUGUUGCAAUUACACUGUUUUAACAGAAUAAAUACAAAAGAAUGAACUGA